GGAGCCCCGCGGAGGCAGUGGGCCGGAGCGGCUGCGCGGAGCUGUCAGCAUGGCCGGUGGCCCUGAGCCCUACAUUGAAAUAUUUGAACAACCCAGGCAAAGGGGCAUGCGUUUCAGAUACAAAUGUGAGGGAAGAUCGGCAGGCAGCAUUCCAGGAGAACACAGUACUGAAAACAAUAAGACGUUCCCUUCCAUACAGAUUCUGAACUAUUUUGGAAAAGUCAAAAUAAGAACUACAUUGGUAACAAAGAAUGAACCCUACAAGCCACACCCUCAUGAUCUGGUUGGAAAAGACUGCAGAGAUGGCUACUACGAAGCAGAGUUUGGGCCAGAACGGCGAGUCCUGUCUUUUCAGAAUUUGGGCAUUCAGUGUGUGAAGAAGAAAGACCUGAAGGAAUCAAUUUCUUUAAGAAUCUCGAAGAAGAUUAACCCUUUCAAUGUGCCUGAAGAACAGCUGCACAACAUCGAUGAGUACGAUCUCAACGUCGUCCGCCUCUGCUUCCAAGCUUUCCUCCCCGACGAACACGGCAACUACACGUUAGCUCUUCCUCCUUUGAUUUCCAACCCGAUCUACGACAACAGAGCUCCCAACACAGCAGAAUUAAGAAUCUGUCGUGUGAACAAGAACUGUGGAAGUGUAAAAGGAGGAGACGAAAUAUUUCUGCUGUGUGACAAAGUUCAGAAAGAUGAUAUAGAAGUCAGAUUUGUCUUGGACAACUGGGAGGCCAAAGGUUCCUUCUCACAAGCCGACGUUCACCGUCAAGUUGCAAUCGUGUUCAGAACGCCACCGUUUCUCAAAGACAUCACCGAGCCCGUCACGGUGAAGAUGCAGCUGCGAAGACCUUCAGACCAGGAAGUCAGUGAACCUAUGGAUUUCAGAUACCUACCAGAUGAAAAGGAUCCGUAUGGCAACAAAGCGAAAAGGCAAAGAUCAACGUUGGCUUGGCAAAAGCUCAUCCAGGACUGCGGAUCAAAUGCGACAGAGAGGCCCAAAGUAGCUCCGUUUCCCGCUGUCGCUCCUGAAGGGAAGCUGAUUAAGAAAGAACCAAACAUGUUUUCAUCCACACUGAUGAUGCCAGGGUUAGGAACCCUGGCCAACACGAGUCAGAUCUACCCCGUCUGCAACCAGAUUCCCCAUCCGCCGGCGCAGGUGGGGCCAGGGAAGCAAGACGCGCUCUCUUCGUGCUGGCAGCAGAUGUACGGCCCCCCCUCUUCAGCCGGCAGCCUGCUCAAUGCGCACCCACAGAACAGCUUUGCGGCAGAUGUGCCUCAGCCUGCUGCUCAGGGCAGCAGCUCUCUCCCAGCUUUCCAUGACAACCCUCUGAACUGGCCUGACGAGAAGGAUUCGGGCUUCUACCGGAAUUUCAGCAGCACGAACGGGAUGGGAGCAGUGGCGGUGUCAACUGCAGACAUGCAGAGCGUUUCUAGUAACAGCAUCGUGCACCAGGCUCAUCCCGCCAGCGUCUCCACAGCCAGCAUCGUGAACAUGGAGACCGAUGACAUGAACUGCACUAGUAUCAACUUCGAAAAGUAUAACCCAGUGUUAAAUGCGAGCAGUCACAGGCAGCAGCUCCACCAGGUGCCUCCAGCGUGCCCGCCUGUAGCAGCCCCGGGCAGCACGCCUUUUAAUUCGCAGCCUAACUUAGCUGAUCCAGCAGCUUACAGUUUUAUAGACCAAGAAGUUUUAAGCGAAUCGAGACUAUCCACCAACUCGAUCCCAAACCAUCAGAAUAGCAUUGCAGAUAACCAGUACUAUGACACCGACGGUGUCCACACCGAUGACAUCUAUCAGUCUUUCCCGUUUGAUAACAUAUUACAAAGCUAUAACCAUUGAGCCAGCAGUGUGGGGCUGGAAGCGGGUACGCAGAGCUUUUCAGAUGGCUAGCUGUGUGAAGAGGCGUAACUUACCCUUCUGGAGUCCCUGCUUUCUCUUUCAGAAUGUGUUACUGUGCGAGCUUCAUAACUUAAGGUUAUCUAUUACAGCCCAAAGACUGGUGCCCAUAAAGAAGACAGGUGGGAGUAGGGUUUGGGGUUCUGUACCUUAAAAGUACCUUGUAUAUGUAUUUUUACGCUGUUGGAAAAGGAAACUGUUAACACUUAAAUCUUCCUUGCCUUUGGGGACUGUAAAAGCUGGCAUCUUCAGAAGGGUUAAAAUUUCAAAUACUUCACAGGGUUAAAAUUGUUUGAAAAAGAACCAGUUUUGCUGUGGAAAUUAAAUUUCAAUUUUGAUAGGACAGAAAUUAGGAAAAAAACCUGCAUGUGGGCACUCUAGUUCCGACUCACCUAAGGAUGUUAAAGGUCUACUCAACUUACUUGAAAGGUUUAGGUUUCUUACCCUCUUUCGUAUAAAAUAUUCUUCUCCUAAAACAAGACCAUGCAUUGAUUUUUCACAUUUUCACCACACUCCAUUUGCUUUGAAGGCAAAUUUACUCUAAAAUUUUUUUAAUGACUAUGUCAUUGUUAGAUAUAUUUUAAAAGACCGGAAGGUUUGAGUUUUUAAAUAGUCCAGCUCUGUUGUAAAUGAAUCGCUGCACAAAAGAAUGAACAGAAAGUAAGGACUUCUCUGCACUUCAUCCAAAGUGCGCUAUUUUAAGUGACAGACCCCUGUUGCUUUAGGAAUGGAGCACACUCUGUUAUUUCGCUGGAAUUUUGUGUGUGUGUGUCUGUGUCUGUGUGUGUGUGUGUGUAGCUGUCACGGGUAUGUUAUUUUGAACUGCAGAAAUACACUGAGCCGAAGCAUCUACCUAUUCUUUCCUCAGGUAUCCCGGCAGUUUCCUGCUAUGCAAGUGACUGCUUAAAAGAAGGCUCAGAUCCUGCCUCCCCACCGCCCCCUCACAAGAAAGCUUUGGGGCAAAGCCGGAGGCAGUCUCAGUGCAGCCUCAUCUAGAUGCACUCUCUUAACAACUUAAGGCCAUUUCAGUCAGUACUAAUUAAAAAACCCCCACUCCUCUAGACUCUGUAUCAGAAACCAGAACUUCCUUCCUUCCACUUGAUUCGCAGUCUUCACUCUCAGCCUGAGCUGCGAGCUGUUCAGUGACAACUCGCGUGGAUGUAACUGGCUAGGUAAGACACUCUACUCUGCAUUAUAGGGCU